AUGACAACGAAAAACACCCAUCCAGACGGCCCCAAGGUUCCCAUCUUCCGUGCCAUGGACAAGACCAUCGGCUCGCACUGGGAAGAGACCAUGAUCGAUACGAGCCGCACCAUAUUGGGGCCACUAAACGCGCGGCUCGUCUCGCAGAUGGGGCUGGGCGCGGAGACUCACGAGCCCAUUGCGUUUCUAGACAGUGCCUGCGGGGCGGGGCCCGCGACGCAGGAGCUGUAUAAAGCCGUUCCGCGGCAGGUUUUCCAGAAAAGCGAAAUUGUCUGUGGCGACGAGUCGCCGAUGAUGGUUGACUUGGUGAAGAAGAGGAUCAAGAACGAGCAAUGGGCUGGGGCUCAGGGAAGAGUCAUAGAUGCAACGGACUCUGGGCUGGAAAGCGACUCAUUCACGCACGUCGUCAUCAGCCUCGGUCUCCAUGUCAUCCCGCGCCCGGACACCGUCAUCAAAGACGUCGUCCGGAUCCUCCGGCCCGGCGGCGUCUUCGGCUGCGUCACGCCGCACGCCGAUCACACGAGCUGGGUCGUCGACAUGCGGACCGCCUUCGCUUCCUUACCCUUCGAAGCGCCCUUUCCCGAGAAGAACUGGUCCCAGGUCCACAAGGUCGGGCGGUGGUACGACGAGGCGUGGGUGCGGACGUACCUUUUGGAGAACGGGUUCUGUGCCGUGGAGGUGCGUGUCGAGCGCGGGACGAUGCCAAUCAGGAACGCAAAGCACUGGCUGGACAUCUUUGGGCCGGCCACGGCGUACCUGUUGAACAUCGAGUGGAGCGAGGAGUUGAGGGCGGCACAUGGGCUGGAGGAGGUGAAGGCCCUGAUUGGACAGCAUUUGGAGGACAAGUAUGGGGGAAAGGGAUGGGAAAUGGGUUAUGCAUGCAUUGUUGCUUCAGGGGUUGUGCGGAAGUGA